CCGAGCUGAGGAGGGCUUGUUUAACACACGGAGCGGUUCGUUUAUUUAACAGACACGUUUGAAAUCUCUCGGGAGGUGGGGAGCUGGAACACAAGUGUCUCUAGUUUUCAGUUUAGUUUGUUUUUCAAGGGAGAGAAUUAAGGCGAUGUGCGUUUGGACUGGCUCGUCUUUCAUGCUGCACUUUAUCUGGUGAUCGUGUUUAGCUUGUGUUUUUUGUAAGUGCUGGAGGUUGUGUGCGGAUGGGUAGUCUUUGAUGUGUGUAGGCGCUGGUCUCUGCUCAGGUUACACGCGUUUGAUCGCAGAGCCUCUUCUGCUUUGAUCUGCGUGCUGUUCCUUUCUUUGCCUGGUUCGGUGAUUUUGUCUGCAGAGCUCUGCGGGGUACAGCUCGGGAGGUGGGGAUUAUGCGUCUGCGCUUGAUCCAGAAGCUCCCGGACUGGAACACACACGAACGUGAACUAUCUGACUGGGAGGACGAAUAACGCCGUCUUGAGUGGAAGGAACCUGGGUCAUUCUGCCAGAAAGCAGAACUCACAAACUAACAGACUGGGUUGGGAGGAGUCGCACAAACUAGAAAAUAUGUUCAAGCUGGUGCUCAUCUGGACUUGCCUGGUGGUCGCGGAGGCCGGGGAAGUGAGCGGCUGCAGAGAGCUGGAGUUCCGAGACCGGAAUGGGAACUGCAUUGUCUGCAGACAGUGUGGUCCGGGACAGGAGCUUUCAAAGGAAUGUGGCUUUGGCUAUGGGGAGGAUGCCCGGUGCGCCCCCUGCAGGCCCAACAGGUUCAAGGAGGACUCUGGGAUGCAGAAGUGUAAACCCUGCCUGGACUGUGCCCUGGUCAACCGGUUCCAGAAAGCCAACUGCACGGCCACCAGCAACGCCAUGUGUGGAGAUUGCCUGCCUGGAUUUUACAGAAAGACAAAGCUGAGUGGAUUCCAAGACAUGGAGUGUAUUCCAUGUGGAGACCCCGCCCCUCCUUACGAGCUGCUCUGUUUAGGCAGUAACCGGGUGAACCUGGUGAAGAUCCCGUCCACAGUGUCCAGCCCGCGGGACACAGCCCUGGCUGCAGUGAUCUGCAGUGCGCUGACCACCGUCCUCCUGGCUCUGCUCAUCCUCUGCAUCAUCUACUGCAAGAGGCAGCUCAUUGACAAGAAGCCCAGCUGGUCUGUGAGGUCUCAGGAAGCUCCAUGCAAUGGUUCCGAGCUCUUGCAUUUCAACAGACACGGGAUGAACGCGUGCGCUCACAGAGCAUGCUGCCACUGCCACCCCAACCCGGCCCAGACUUGUGGUCCGGUUCAUCUGAUCCCUUCUCUGUGCUGUGAUGAGACGUGCAGCUUGGAGCACAACAGCGAGGGCUGUCCUUUCCACUCGCAGAACACACUGGAUGAAGGAAACAUGGAUCCCGUGGAGGCGUGGCCUCUUAUGCAACACUCUGCCAGCAGCGAGAGUCUCUCUCUUUGCCAGUCCAGCCUGGAAAGUGGGGCUGAGGGGGCGGGGCCACCAGCACAGCCGGCCCCCUCGGAAUCCACCGAGUCCUGCCCCGCCCACCUCGAAUCAAGAGAAGGCUGUGGAGCGAGCAGGAGCACAGAGAGUUUAGCGCACGAGACUUCACACCAGCCUUGCCAGCAGCAUUAGCCCUGGAUAGACCUCCUCUGAUGCAGUUUAUGUCCUGCCAAUAAGAUCAACAAUGCUGGGGUUAACAGUGUGCAAAAAAGUAAAAAAAAAAAAAACAACCCCCCCACACACAUACACACAUGAUGGGGGCCACACAGUUGGACCAGUUGGCAGCUAAUAUCGAAUUCACUGGACCCCCCCUUCCAGCUACAAUGAAGCCUUCAAGUCAACAACUGAAUGCGUUCAGGAAAUACAUGAAAUAUCUGGAUUGAAGGCAAGACCAGACUGUACAGAAGCAGAAGCGGAGAGUUUGAUUUAAUUGGGGGCAAAAUCUAAUGAAGUAGGAAGGACAUCUUGUUUGCAGUUAAGAAGCCAAGCAGACUGGGUGACCUGCAGGAUGCUGCUGUUUCUGAAUGUCUUGAUUCUCCAGCACAUCUCCCGUUGGUUCAGCAUCAGAAGAGCCAGGCUUCCCUGCCAAGCCCAGCCGUGGUUCAACCUGUGCAAAUGCAUUAGUAGGAAACCCGCUGUCGGGUUCUCAUAAGCUCAGUGUGCGCUUUGUAUCUUUAUGCACUUUGAAGUCCCAUUUUUUUUAACAUUGUUUCAAGUACAAUAAUCCACACAUCGCAAGCUAAUGCACUUUGAAGCACACAGAAGAUGAAUACUGUACAAGUAAUUGCUUUCAGGAACUUGUGUGCAGUUUCAUCAGUUUUGCAAAUGGUACAAACUUGCAAUAGAUGCAUCUGUUUUUUUGCAGAUAAUGUAAAAUAGUAAAUAGACCGUCAAUAGUAGUUUUUAACGCUUAAGCACAGCAAUGUCCCCUUGUAUGCAGCUUACACUGAAGCACUCAUCUUGUGUACUGUGUAUGUAUACCUUCUGAACGAAAGUAAAUUGCUUCUGCAUUUGUAAAUAAAAUCGUACAAACCUGA